GUUGCAUGAGCAUGGAAAAGAGAAUAUAAUAAAAAACUGUAAUAAAUUUAAUUUUCAUUGCAAACCUAUUUAAUGAAUUUUGAUAUUCAUUGACACGGCCACUAGACAAAAAUAAUUAUUUACCCGCUAACAACUUGCAAUUCAAAACACUUUAUAAUAUAAAAGAAAACGCUAAAUUAACAACAUUUGACAGAUUUGUUGACAACCAUAUGACUUCCUACCCUGCAUUUUUUACGGCUGUUACCAUAUUUUCUUAAGGGACGAAAACCGCCGUCGAAAUUAGGAAAAACUAGAAGCUAAUACAGGAAAAUAGCUAACAUGGCCUCUAGGGAGGAAUUUGAGGAAACAAUGCCAAUAAAUGGUGUGGUAGCCAUGUAUACUUGCAAAAGGUGUAACAAGAUAUUCCCCUGUAAACGUGACCAACUUUUGCACAAAAAAGAAGUGCAUUCCCAAACAAAAUCCUCUUACGAAUGUAAAAUCUGUUCCAAAUACUUCUGCAACAGCGGCAAUUUAGAACGUCACAUGAAGGUUCAUAAUGAUGUGCGGCCCUUUGUCUGUCGCAUUUGUGGCAAGGCUUUCGCUCAGUCUGUCAAUCUAAAUCGUCAUUAUUCUGUACACAAUGGUGAACGCCCGUAUCCGUGUACGUUUUGUAAUAAGACCUUUACCCAACAGUCGAACAUGCAACGCCAUCAACUAACACAUACGGGAGAGAAACCAUUUCGUUGUAAACGUUGUGGUCGUUAUUUCUCCCAGCGUGUUAACCUUAAAAAGCAUAUUAUGGGUCAUUUGAAUACCAAACCGUACACGUGCAAAAUAUGCCAAAAGUCAUUUAUACAAUUGGGCAAUUUUAAGAAACAUUUACAGUCACAUCUUAAGGAUGGCAUAGAGAUCGAUAUGAAGGCGUUGGUGGCCGAGGCACAGGCAAUGGCCAAGCAAAGUUUGGAAAUGGCCGAUGAGCAACCAGUUGGUUUCGAGUGUGCUGUCUGCCGAUCUAUUUUCAAUAAUUUCACUGAUUUCGAAAUGCAUGAAAGUGAGUGCAACGACAAUGCACAAGCUGCCAUGGAACAGAAAUACAAUCCCGAUGAACAACUACACGAAGUUGUUGUCGAAGAGGUUGAGGAUCAUGUUGAAGAACAGAUAAUAACGCCUGAUGGUGUUGUUGCUGGCAGUCACUUUGGCACUUAUGCACCUUUAAAAUUUAGUGUCUCACAAUUGGAUACACAUGAAAUAAUUAUUGAAACCAGUCGAUAAAAUGUUUUUGUUUUUUCUUUGUGAAAUUGAAUUGAUAUAAAAAAACUGAAUGAAGUCUUUAUAAAAAAAUAGCAAAGCAUAAAAGCAGAAAGUUAUAAAAUUUUCAGUUUGAAUUCACGAUAUUCAAAUAAAAAUAAAAACAUACAAAAUGAUAAACUUAAAUAUAUACAUAAAUAUAUAUAGAAAUAUAAAUGCAUUAGACAUGUGUGGAUUUGCAAAGGUUUGGCAGCCAAGCCAAAGGUAUGACGUCAAUUGAAAAUACAUAAUAAUAAAAGAAAGGAAAUCAACAAACAGCAAAUUGUCGUCGCGGUAAUCUAUGUAACUUUUUUUUCUUUUCUUUUUCUUGUUUAGUUCAAACUAAUUUUAAAAUUAUAAAAUAAUUAAAAAAAAAUAAUAAUUAUAAAUAUGAAUAAAAUAAAUAUAAUAGCAAUUAUGUUCAUUACAUAAGUACAUUAAGGUCUAAAUAUUCAAAACAAAAAAAGAAUAAAGAAAUAAUAAUAUGAAAGA